AUGUUAUCUUUGAAAGCUCCACUUAUUAGUUCCAGGCGGUCUUUGUUCAACUUUGCCCAGACUUCCCUGCAGUCGUAUAAGGUUUCCAAAAAGAUCAAUGUGCCGCCAAGCUUGCUCUUUGAGAUCGUUUCGGAUGUCUCACUUUACCACGAAUUCGUGCCUUUUGUUACCCAUUCUUUCAUCAACGAGUAUCUGAAGGAGACAAAUCUACCUACGGAAGCCGGGCUCAGGGUUGGGUGGAAGCAAUAUGACGAGAAGUUUACUUGCAAACUUACAUGUGUGAAAGAUAAGAAGGUUAUAUCUGAGUCCAUCACGAUACUGUUAUUUGACCACUUGUACAAUGAGUGGAACUUCAAAGAGGUUAAAAAUCGCUUCACCAAUGAGCUGUCCACAUAUAUGGAACUCUUGUUGAGAUACAAAUUCAAGAAUCCCGUUUACAAUACAGUAUCAUCACUUUUCCAGAGUCAUGUCAGUGAACUAAUGAUAAAAGCCUUCGAGGAGAGGGCGUUAGAUUUGAAAAUACAAAGGAAGAUGAAGGACAGAAUCAAUUGA